AUGUCCUUCGACCGAGCCCUCUCCCAGGACCCCGCCCACGACCGAGCCCUCUCCCUGGACCCCGCCCACGACCGAGCCUUCUCCCUGGACCCCGCCCACGACCGAGCCUUCUCCCUGGACCCCGCCCACGACCGAGCCUUCUCCCUGGACCCCGCCCACGACCGAGCCUUCUCCCUGGACCCCGCCCACGACCGAGCCUUCUCCCUGGACCCCGCCCACGACCGAGCCUUCUCCCUGGACCCCGCCCACGACCGAGCCUUCUCCCUGGACCCCGCCCACGACCGAGCCUUCUCCCUGGACCCCGCCCACGACCGAGCCUUCUCCCUGGACCCCGCCCACGACCGAGCCUUCUCCCUGGACCCCGCCCACGACCGAGCCUUCUCCCUGGACCCCGCCCACGACCGAGCCUUCUCCCUGGACCCCGCCCACGACCGAGCCUUCUCCUGGACCCCGCCCACGACCGAGCCUUCUCCCAGGACCCCGCCCACGACCGAGCCUUCUCCCAGGACCCCGCCCACGACCGAGCCUUCUCCUAACCGAUCUUUGUCCUUCGACCGAGUUUUUCCCCGUUACAUGUCCUUCGACCGAGCCCUCUCCCAGGACCCCACCCACGACCGAGCCUUCUCCCUGGACCCCGCCCACGACCGAGCCUUCUCCCUCGACCGAGCCCUCUCUCAGGACCCCGCCCUCGACCGAGCUUUUUCCCUCGAUCGAGCCCUCUCCGAGGACCCCUCCCUCUCCCUCGAUCGAGCCCUCUCCCAGGACCCCACCCACGACCGAGCCCUCUCCCAGGACCCCACCCACGACCGAGCCCUCUCCCAGGACCCCACCCACGACUGA